CUGUGGCAGAAUCUGGACCGUUGAUUGACUAAUGGCUCUCAAAAUCUUGAUCUUACUUUUUAUUUAAUGUCAUUGGCACCUCUUUUCAUCCUUUUCAAAGUUUCAAUUCGAUUAUCCCUGAUCACAGAUAUGUCGACAUCUGAUAAACCAGAAGCAGUAGAAAGGGAUAGUAAGGAUGAUAAACAAAAGGAAGAUGAUGGGAAGGGUGGAUUUCUUGAUACAGUGAAGGAUUUCAUUCAUGACAUUGGUGAGAAGAUUGAGGAAACAAUUGGGUUUGGGAAGCCAACAGCAGAUGUUACAGGAAUACACAUUCCAUCAAUUAAUCUUGAGAAGGCAGAUCUUGUUGUUGAUGUACUCAUAAAGAACCCGAAUCCAGUACCAAUUCCCCUAAUUGACAUAAACUACUUGGUUGAGAGUGAUGGAAGGAAGCUAGUUUCAGGGUUGAUACCGGAUUCAGGCACAAUCCAUGCACAUGGAGAGGAGACAGUCAAAAUUCCUCUUACUUUGAUUUAUGAUGACAUAAAGAGUACAUAUGAUGACAUUAAACCUGGAAGCAUCAUUCCUUAUAAGGUGAAGGUUGAUCUCAUUGUUGAUGUUCCUGUCAUUGGAAGGCUCACUCUACCUUUGGAAAAAACUGGAGAAAUCCCUGUUCCAUAUAAGCCUGAUGUUGAUCUUGACAAAAUUCAGUUUGAGAGGUUCUCUUUUGAAGAGACAGUUGCUAUUCUUCAUUUGAAGUUGGACAACAAGAAUGACUUUGACCUUGGCCUCAAUGCACUUGAUUAUGAGGUGUGGCUUGGUGAUGUUAGCAUUGGAGGUGCGGAACUUGCCAAAUCUGCAAAGCUUGUGAAAAGUGGCAUUACUGACAUUGAUGUUCCAAUUACCUUCAGGCCUAAGGAUUUUGGUUCUGCACUUUGGGACAUGAUUAGAGGAAGGGGUACUGGCUACACUAUUAAAGGACAUAUUGAUGUUGACACUCCCUUUGGAGCAAUGAAAUUGCCCAUUACCAAAGAAGGUGGUACUACCCGUCUCAAGAAGAAGAAGGAAGAUGGUGGAGAUGAUGAUGAGGAUUGAUGAAGAAAUGGCAGCUAGUAAUUAGUAUAUGUUCUUUUAUUUACUACUUAGGCCCAUUAGAAUGUUAAGUAAAAGGGAGCUGAACUUAAAAGCACUACUUCUGAGUUCUUAUGGCUAUUUAUGUUUCUUGAGAUAUCAAGUUGACACUUGAAAUGGACGGUGGUAUCAGAGUUUAUGUAAAUAUCAGAGCAGUUUGGUGUUUGCCUCCCUCUUGAAGCCACGUUCUUGUUUGAGCAUGUAAUUGAUGAUCAAAUUCAAACCAAUGUAGUGUUAUCUUGUCAAAGGAUUGUUGUAGAGUGUUUUGCUAUUGAUGUGUUCUAUUCAAAAGAUAUUUAUGUAAUUGUUAUACUCAACCAUGUAUAAUCUGCAGAUGUUAUUCAAACUUUGUAGAGUUAUUAUUUAAAAAUUUUAAAAAUUAUAUUCUUG